AUGGAUUUGUACUAUGAGAAUGGUUCACCACCAUGCCUGAGUGUAAUAGUUACUGCAGCUGCGCUUAAUGUCAAAUUAAACUUAAAGGAAUUGGAGUUGGAAGUGAAUAAAGAACAUUUGACACCAGAAUUCACAAAAAUCAACCCUGGAACGAAAACAUUCACGAUCGCUGAUAUAUCGAUUUAUUCAUCCUUUUUAACCAUCCCGAAUCCGAAUAACGAUUUUUCUCCUUAUCCCAAUAUCAAGAAAUGGUUGAAGUUAAUGGAAGAAAAAGCUCCAGCUAAAGAUUACAUCAAGAAGAGUGAAUUGGAGUUGGAAGUGAAUAAAGAACAUUUGACACCAGAAUUCACAAAAAUCAACCCGCAACAAACUGUUCCAACUCUUGUUGACAAUGGAUUCGCAUUGUCAGAGUCUCGUGCGAUCAUGCAAUAUCUCGUUGAAAAGUGUGGAAAGGAUGAUUCGUUGUACCCGAAGGAUCUUAAAACCAGAGCCAUUGUUGAUCAGAGAUUAUUUUUCGAUAUCGGAACUUUAUAUACGCAUGUAUUGAAAUCAUUUUUUUAUUGGUUUGACAAAAAGCCAGAAGAUCCUCAAGAUUUGAAAAGGCUGGAGAGGGCACUUAUCGUCUUGAAUACAUUUUUGGAAGGAAACAAUUAUGUGGCUGAAACGAAAACAUUCACGAUCGCUGAUAUAUCGAUUUAUUCAUCCCUUUUAACCAUCCCGAAUCCGAAUUACGAUUUUUCUCCUUAUCCCAAUGUCAAGAAAUGGUUGAAGUUAAUGGAAGAAAAAGCUCCGGCUAAAGAUUACAUCAAGAAGAGUGUUGCAGCGAUUCAAACGUUCUGCGAAAAAUAUAAGCCUUGA